AUGGCCGACGAAACUUUCCUCAAAGCGGAUGCUGAUGACGCCCAUCCUGAUGAUGCUGGUGAACCUCCUGCUCGAUUUUCCAACAUUGACUGGAAAGGCCGAACCUCUGCCUUGUUGAGCACCUUGGGGAACAGCGCCAAAUCCGUCAAUACAGAAGGAGUUGCAGAAGGCACAACGCAUCUGGUGGGUGGUGUCAUAACAGCAGGGGGGAAUACCGUCAAGAAUGGGCACAUUCUGCGAUUGCGAGCUGGAAUUACCGUCUGGGAACGCGAUAUUUUGCAAAUGAAACACAAAUUUGGUUUGGAACUCUAUGCCAUUAUGGACAGAAAUCGAAAUAUGGGGGACAAGUCGGGCGGUGAAGCUGAACCGGAGUUGGUAGAAGUCUAUACCAGCUGUGCCAACAACAUCUCGGCUCUGUUGGAAUUGCGGAAACGAAAACAUACGGAAUUGCUAAAACUCAUCAAACCAGAAGUCAUUUGUCAUCAGCCGACGGGUGAUGACACGUCAGAAGACAUGGAGAAGUUCACGGGUAGUGGCGGAGAGGAGAAAGAAAAAGAAGAGGCGACUGUGACUGGCAUGUUUAGCCGUGUAUUCCACAAGGGGGUUGAUUGGACUCGAACUGCUUUGGAAAAUAAUCAAAGGAAGGCGACACUCAAGACGGAGAUUGCCGAGCUUGACAAGGAUAUUGUGGUGAGAAAAGAACAGUUUGGAGUUGACAUGUACGAUACUAUGGAAUAUCUCGGAGAUCAGUACGAGCCACGCGACACUGAGAUCAGGGGUUUGUUUGCAAGUAUCAAGAAGGGGGUUGACGUCCCAUUCCUAAAGAUUCUGACAGCUGAAAAAGAGUUGGAGGAUGUUCGUGCUACUGGAAGUGUCUUGGUUUCCAAAGAAGAACUCCAAGACUAUAUUGAUGGAAAGCCCCAGCUAUGGCUAAUAUUGGAAGCCAACAUUCAAAAGGGGGAGGAUCAAUGCAAGAUGAUUUGCAUUCGCGUCAUUACAGAAUUGAUUUCUGGUGCAUUUGGCAAAGAAGCCAGAGACGCCCUGAUACGGAAGCGUGAUUUCCUUGUCUUUGAAAGCAAAUUCGUGGACAAUCCAAAGGGAUCACAAGAGUUCAUUCAUCGUUGUAUUUUUGCGUCGUUUGACGCUGAUCACAAUGGGAUUUUGAAUGGAAAGGAGACGGCAGAUUUCGUCGACGCCUUUUACAAAUCGGGAAGUGUCGUUCAAGGAAGUAGUAGGCUACCCGAACAAAAGGAUUUGAUGAUCAUGAUUCGUAAGCAUUACAACGAAGAUGGUGAUGGCGAGUUCACCUUCAAACAGAUUCAAGAUAUCAUUAAAGAAAGUGGGGAGAAUGUGGAUUCAAUCGCAUUAGAGGAGAUGGAGACAAAACCGAGUGAUGAUGAAAGCGCUAGUGAAUCAAGACCAGACGUAUUAAUAAUGUAA